AUGGUUCGCAAUCUUGGAUUCCUUUUAACCGGUCUGGCUACGACAUUAUUCGCAUCUCCUGUUUACAGCGCAGCACCACCAGCAUUUCUACUUGCCGGUGAUUCAACCACAGCCGUUCAGAAUGCAGGUUUAACAGGUGGUGGAUGGGGUAAUGGUUUUCUAGCUACCCUUCGCAAUGGAGCUGGAGGUAUCAAUUAUGGACACAAUGGUGCAACGACUGUGAGCUUCGUGAAUGGUGGCGAUUGGGCAAAAGUGUUGGCAUCUGUAGCAAAGUACAAGGCAAACUAUACGACUUUUGUUACAAUUCAAUUCGGUCACAAUGAUCAAAAGGCAACAGCAAACAUCUCAGUUGCGGAGUACAUGACCAAUUUGAAGAACAUGGCGGAGGAUGUAGUGGCGGCUGGUGGAACUCCAAUUCUCGUCACUUCUCUUACCCGUCGAAGCUUCAAUAGUUCAGGUCUUGCUAAGGAAGAUCUGGCCGUACAAGCCAAUGCUACUAUAGCCGUUGCUAAAUCGAUCGGAUCUUUGUACAUAGAUCUUAACCGCGCAUCCACAGACUAUGUCGAUGCUAUUGGGGCGACUGAUGCUGCGACGUAUAACUUGACACCAACGGAUUUCACACACAUUAAUGCUGCCGGAAGUGUCUUGUUCGGAAAUAUUGUCAGUGGAUUGAUUGAUGUGGCCGUGGCCAGUUCAUUGGGUUUCGAUAUUAAGACUUAUACCAAGCCGAAUGCGACAAUUGCAGAAGAUGUUGCCAGUGGGACUUAUAUCUUCCCAAGUGGAUUUGGAACUCUACCAAACAACACCCUUCCAGCAUAG